AAAAUCCAAUCGGAACCUCCUUUUUUCCUCGCUGGUAAUAAGUAAUAACUACUCCGAUUGAUCGAUACUAACAGGCGAUCAUCGACGAUGGCUUCUCAAAUAGCGAGACGGCUCCUCCGAAGCAACUUCCUCAACAGCACUUCAACUGUCGCUUCGGCCGGGGUUUUCAAUAGAAGCUUCACUUCGGCUGGGCCAACUUCCAAUUUGAUCCGAGCCACUCUCUUCCCCGGUGAUGGCAUCGGCCCUGAAAUCGCCGAGUCUGUCAAGCAGAUAUUCAGAGCUGCUGAUGUGCCAAUUGAAUGGGAAGAACAUUAUGUGGGGAAGGAAAUAGACCCUAGAACCCAGAGUUUUCUGACUUGGGAGAGUCUUGAAUCUGUACGAAGAAAUAAGAUUGGUUUAAAAGGUCCAAUGGCCACACCAAUCGGAAAGGGUCACCGCUCAUUGAACCUUACUUUGAGGAAAGAGCUCAAUCUUUAUGCCAAUGUCAGACCUUGCAACAGCCUUCCUGGGUAUAAGACUCGGUAUGAUGAUGUGAAUCUUAUCACUAUUCGUGAAAAUACGGAAGGAGAGUACAGUGGUCUUGAACAUCAAGUGGUGAGAGGGGUGGUUGAAAGCCUAAAGAUCAUAACACGUCAAGCAAGUUUGAGGGUUGCAGAGUAUGCAUUUCACUAUGCCAAAACCAAUGGAAGAGAAAGAGUGUCUGCUAUUCACAAAGCCAAUAUCAUGCAAAAAACUGAUGGCCUUUUCCUCAAGUGUUGUCGUGAGGUUGCAGAGAAAUACCCUGAGAUAAAGUAUGAGGAAGUUGUCAUUGACAAUUGCUGUCUGAUGCUAGUGAAAAAUCCAGCUCUCUUUGAUGUCUUGGUGAUGCCCAAUCUUUAUGGAGACAUUAUCAGUGACCUUUGUGCUGGUUUGGUUGGAGGUUUGGGUUUAACACCUAGCUGCAAUAUAGGUGAGGGAGGUAUUGCUCUAGCCGAGGCUGUGCAUGGUUCAGCACCUGAUAUUGCUGGAAAGAACAUGGCCAAUCCAACUGCCUUGCUCUUGAGCGGUGUUGCAAUGUUACGCCAUCUGGAGCUUAAUGAUAAAGCUGACCGUAUCCAGGAUGCUAUCCUGACGACAAUCGCAGAUGGAAAGUACCGAACUGCUGACCUUGGGGGGCACUCAUCAACUACUGACUUUACAAAUGCAAUCUGUGACCGUCUCUGAAAUGCUGAUGCGUAUAUAUCAUUCGAGUGUUUUUUUUUUCCUCAAUAGGUUCAAAUCAAUUGGGUUUUUGAAUUGUGCAGUUCAACCGUUUGAAGCUGGAGAUAGCCAUGCUUCGUUGGGAAUAUGGAAGCAGAUAUUACUGUUAAUUGUAACAUCCCAUAAGCUUUCAACUUUUAUCUGCACCGUGGCAGAAUAAAAAUGUUUCUCAAUCUUACACGAAAGUAGAUUGAUUUGUUCUCAUAAGGGCAACAAUUGCAAGUGAAUAAUAUUCUAUCAUUUCAUGUCAUCACCACGUCGAGUAAUCGCUUCCAACAAUCUAUGCUUUAUAAAUAAUGCAAAUUGUCACUUGUCUAUA